UAAUACUUAUAUGAGAAUAUAAAGCUAUAUAUUGCGCUUUACAGACAUUAAACCAAUUGGUCAUGGAAAAGAGAGCUUCGUUAGUUUGGACACUUUCUGCUUACUUGGUACUUAACCAAUUGGUAUCGACAGUUCGAGGGGGAGGACCAUUACAGACACAAUGGCAAGCAUUGGAUUGUUCGGAAAUGUCGAUUGGAGUCGAAAACAAAGACAUUAUCCCGGAUUCUAGCUUCAGUGCUUCAUCGUACUAUAGUUCAUUGUAUAUGCCUUGGUACGGGAGACUUGGGCAGAGCAGACCAUGGGCUACAAAGAGAAAUAACGACUCCAGUGAUUACCUUCAGAUUGACCUGGGCAAACCAUUCACAGUUUGUGGGGUGAAGACUCAGGGCACAGCCUACACUCACAUGGAAUGGGUUACAACGUUCAAGUUAAUGUUUUCUCUCGACGGGAAAAARUGGGAAACAUACAAGCAAAAAGGAAAAGAGAAGGUAUUCAUAGCGAACUCUGAUGACACUUCUGUGGUAACAAACUCGUUUGCUGAUGCUAGCGUCUUGGCAAGAUAUAUACGAUUUGUUCCAGUAACCUAUCAUAAACACAAGACUAUGAGAGUCGCGGUUUUUGGGAUCUGGAAAACAUGUAAUAAGCAAAUACAAAACCCCACACCCAAGUACAUACCAGACAGCUCAUACUCUGCAUCGAACAUCUACGACUGCCGUUACCAGCCAUGGCGAGCGCGACUUUUCUCUGUGAUUGGAUGGGCCCCUAUUACAAAUAAUGACCCUAACGAUUACCUACAGCUUGACCUAGGGGAACCAUAUAGCACAUGUGCUAUUGGAACGCAAGGAAGCGCUAAACAUGGCGAAUGGGUAACCUCCUUUAAACUGAGUUUUUCCAACGACAGUACGACGUGGAAGGUUUAUCAAGAAAAUAGAAAAGACAAGAAUUUUCCAGGUAAUAGCAAGUACAGAAAUAUUUUACUCGUCCAGUACAUCACACCGACUGUAGCACGAUUUGUUCGCUUUAUCCCUGUUGGAUAUGUCGGCCACAAGACGAUGAGAGUUGGAGUAUUUGGUCACAACUUGGAAGAUAUCAAUGGACCUUCUGUGAAGAUCUCAAAGGAAAAAAUGGAACCUUUGGUAAAAGCUUGCAUCGGUGAUAACGUCACAAUCAGUUGCUAUGCAACAGGCUCCACGCCAAUCAAAUACAGCUGGAGUAUGAAUGGAUCUGACGUCAUUGAUAAGAACGUGGUUAAUCAAGUUAGCAAUGUGUUGAUUGUUAAACCCAAGACUGCAAAGCACUUUGGGACGUAUAUUUGCCGUGCGUAUCGAGGAUUAGCAUCUGAUUCGUAUAGCAUUGAGUUGCGCCAAAUCAUGAAUUGUCCUGAACAAACAGGAAAACUGAGAUUCGUGCCAGAGAAAAUGACUUCACUUGUUCAAGCUGACAUGGGAAUCAAGAUCAUACUUGCUUGUUUUGCAAUAAGUUCUAGACCAAUCGAAUACAGUUGGACAAAGGACAGCCGUCUAAUCAGCGCCUCAAAUACUACAGCUGUCAUUGACAAUGUAGCUACAAUUCACACAACAACCAAAGAUGAUUAUGGAAUCUUUGUAUGCUCGGUGACUGAUGGGAAACACGUGAUCACAUACCCAAUAACAUUGAAACCUUUCGACCAUGUUAAAACAUCAGUGGCCGCUAGUCGAGAUGAGAAAACCACAGGCAGCCAAGCAGCAAAUAAUACUAUAUUUGCACCAGUAAUUGUGAUUCUAGUCAUUCUAGUGGUGUUAUGUUGUUUUCUCGUCAUUUUUGUCGUCUACCAACGAUGGGAACGAAAGAAAAGAUCUUUGUAUGAGCCUCGUGUCAAGCUAAGCCAUAUUGAUAAUAUUAAUUACCCAGAGAGCUCAGAUCACUGUGAGGGAUCUAGAUUUUCUGUGCUGGGGAGAAACAAUCMGUACACUCGAUUCGAAGACAAAGAUAGCAGCAAUUCAGUUAACAUUAGAGGGAGCGGCAACUUGAGACUGGAAGAUACYGAAUAAGAAUGGCUGGUCUGCCUGUGUCUUAAUGGUUGGUCUGCCUGUGCUCUUAGUGAUUGUUAUAGCACAGGGUGCAAGCCAUAAAAUAGAUUUAGAUUAUAAUAUAUUCUUGUAUUUUAUCUUAACUAGUGGAUAAAACCACAUAAAAUGACCUUGAUUGUUACUAAUAAAAAYAGAUUGUCAAAAAG